AUGAGUCACACAAAUGACUGGGUGGUGGACUAUGAGUUCUCGUCUUCAGCCCCAUUCCCCAGGGGCAGCUCAACUGUGCAUCCGGUAGAAGGGCAUGGGGAGCAGGGCACUGCUGUCUGCCUGGUGGGCCUGCUGCUGUUGCUGCUGCUCUUCCUCAUGGUGCGAUGUGUGCGCAUUCUGCUGGACCCCUACAGCAGCAUGCCAGCCUCGUCCUGGACCGACCACAAGGAGGGCCUGGACAGAGGGCAGUUUGACUACGCUGUGGUUUAG